UCUUAUUUGAUGACUCUUGAGUCUUGUCUCAUCGGUCAAUUGUUUUAGGGCAAAUGCAACGACCUGUGUUUCUCCCUUUGUAUCAUCUUUGUUUCCAGCAGUUUCCACAGAUUGAGCAGGGAGUAUCUGAUUCUGUGCAAUCAAAGAUUAUCGUCAGCAUUACUCCACCAUUUGAUGCUAACGAGUCCUGGAAUGCUAUCAACUAUUCAUGCUGAAAUGUCUUCAGGUGUAAUAGUUUCUACCAUUGUUUCCCUGAUGCAUUCUUCUCGUCUAAGGCCAUGGUCAAAUGUUCCUUUUACAUGGAAGUCUGGGCUUUGGCAAGAUGCACAUUGUUGGUGCUGCAACAGCAGAUUGUUCUCUUCAAUCCAUAUCAGUGAAAGGGCUGAGCUGUUGAAUAAGUACAUUGGAACUUCUAAGCAAGCUGAUAUGCUUUCCGAUGCACAGCUGCGAGCAGAGAGAGUUAUAAGCUUGGGAAAAAGCCAGUUAUAACAGACUCUCUUCUGAAGUUGGUCGCUUCAAAAGC